AUGGCUCCUUGGGCGGAUAUGAUGAUCUCUGCUCAUAUCCUUGCCUUGGCUGAAAUUGACUUCCUUGAGAUUGGUCACAAGGAAGUGAUUCACAAGUUCAGAAGAGAUCUCAGUGGGAUUGGAAUUGAGUUGCCUCCUAUGGAUAGCAUGAGUGAGGCAUUUGAUCAAAUGCAAAUGGUCAAGGAUGUUCUAGCCAACAGUGAUAAAGUUUCAGAGGUCCUACAAGAGUCUACUCAUCAGUUCAACCUGCUUACUUCACCCACCUUCCUACCAAAGGUCAAGGAUCAAGGGAAAUUCACUCUCCCUUGCACACUUGGGCAUCUUGAGAUUGACAAUGCCUUAGUGGAUUCUGGAGCAAGCAUCAAUCUGAUCUCUCUCUCCAUGGCAGAGAAGCUAGGCAUUGCUGGAGCCUUGCAGCGCCCUACUACUUCAAUCAUGUUUGGAGAUGCAACUUCUAAGUCUCCUCUUGGAGUGUUCAAGAACUAUCACUUGAAAAUUGGAGAAUGCAUCAUCCAAACUGAUCUCACUGUGAUGGAAAUGGAAGAAGAGAAGGAUUUACCUCUGUUAUUGGGAACCCCUUUCCUUAGUACAGUUGGCGCUUCAAUAGACUUUCACAAGCAAGAAGUGAUCCUUCACAAGGUGAAUAGUUUGGUGUCAUAUCGCUUGCAGCCUAGAGGUUCAGACUUUUGUGCCACAAUUGACAGUACCACUCUCAGUUCUAAGAGUCAUGGAGCUACAAAGGUUGUGAAGGAAAGGGUUGACAAAGAACCAAGAGUUGGGAAGGAUAAGGAUGAGAGAGGACCAAGGAUUGAGAAGCCACGUCUUGAGAGGGCUAGAGUUGAGAAACCACGUUCUGAUAGACCACGAGCUGAUGACUUGUUCAAGCCCCUUGUGUGCUUGAUGAAGAGAGCCUUCAAGCUUUGUUUGAUGAGCCACUAG